AUGUUUAAACAUUAUAGAGAGUUGCAGGAUGUGGUUUCGCUUAUGGUUUACUGCACGUCCGACAAAUCUUUUCUUUUGUUAAAAGAAACUAGCGGUGAAUAUUGGAUACCAUCAAUUAAAUCAGAGAAAAACUCAUGGAAAAUGUCAGCACAUAAGUUACUGUUUGAGUUGUUCGGCACUGAGAGCGGGGCGCAGCUGUCGCCGCUGCGGGUGAACAAGGUAUGGCUGCCGGCGCACCCCGCGCCCUGUGUCUACCACACCGUUUACAAGCUGACUAUCAGAGCCGAUGUCAAGAAACGAUUAAAAGUUAAACCUAGCGUGCGAUUCCGGCUACAGUGGGUGGGCGAGGCGGAGCUGGGUCGACUGCAGGCGCACUGUGCGCUGCGUUCGCCCGAGCUGCUGCUGCUGGCCACCAUGUUCACAGGCGAGCCGCUCAAGGAAGCCGAUCUAGCGGACCUGGAUAAGGGUCAGCUGGUUGAAGUGGGCGAGGAGAGUGUGUUGGUGGGCGCGGUGGAGGCGGGCGUUGCGGCGGGCGCUGGCGGGGCGGCCAGUGCUGCGCCCAGCGCACAGCUUCUCGCUGCCGCCAACUAUACCAAAGAGGACCAGAUGCGAUUGUUCCGCGAGUUCGUGACGCUGAACUUUCCCGCGCUGUACAUGAGCCAGCACGUCUUCUCGCAGCUCAUGUUGGACAUCGGCUGGCACCGCACCGUCUGCAACAACCUCUUCAGGGCGGCAGACGUGAGCAACCGCGGCGGGCUGUCGUUCCAGGAGCUGGUGCUGUGGAGCGCCGCCACGGAGCCCGUCACCCAGCACAGCGGCCUGCCUGCGGAGAUACGUUGCCGGUACAUCUUCAGGUACUACGACGGCGAUCGCGACCAGAAGCUCCAGCAGGUGGAGGUGAAGGAGCUGGUGGCGGCGGCGCGCGCCACGAGACAGCUCUCCACGGACGCGCUCAGUGUCGUGCGCGACGUCGACCUCUGCUACAAACAGCUAGGACUGCAGGCGAACAGUCCGCUGUCGCUGGCGGAUUUCCUGCGGGCGGUGCGGGAGCUGCGCCUGCGCGGCACCAGCUCGCUGCUGCGCGCUCCUCGCAGCCUGCUCGGCUACGUCAUAGACCUGCAGGAACGUGAUUGCAUGGCGAAGGCGGCUUCCGUCAAGAGUACGACCCAUUUUGAGCCGGAGGGUGAAGUGCGUCCGUCGAAGGCUAAGGUGGAUAAGUUAGAGGUGCGGGACAGCACGAGCUGGCGGCGCGGGCGCGAGCAGUACGCGCUGGCCUCCUGCGUGGUGCGCCUCGAGCAAGACGCGCCGCCCGCAGUGCUGCGCCUCGACUGCUUCGAGGAGGAGGCGGUGAGCGCGUCCACCAUCAAGCUGCUGUCGCUGUCGUCGACAUCGCUGGAGGUGCUGGCGGCCGACUCCGGCCCGGCGGAGACGCUCGCCGCGGUGCACUACUUCGCCUCCGACAUCAAUACUCCCAAACUGGUAAAGCCGGCGUACACGUGGGCGCAGCAGUCGGAGCUGGCGGCGCUGGGCGCGGCUGUGCUCAAGCUGUCGGAGUCGGUGCAGGUCAUCUGCGCCGCGGAGCCGCGUCUGCUGCGACUCGACUCUCCUAUUUAUGCUAUCGGUGACCUGCACGGCAACCUGCCGGCGCUGCUGGCGAUGGAGGCGCGGCUGUGGCCCGCGGGCGCUGCGCUGCUGCCGGCGGGGCUGCUGUUCCUGGGCGACUUCGUGGACCGCGGCGCUUGGGGCGUGGAGCUGCUGGCCUACCUGCUGGCCGCCAAGCUGCAGCGUCCCCGCGGCCUGCAUCUCGUGCGCGGCAACCACGAGACCCGGGACAUACAGACCAUGUUUACAUUUUAUACCGAGUGCACGACAAAGUUCGGCGAUGUGGAGGGCGUCAAGAUCUGGAACGCCAUCAACAAUGUGUUCGAUGUGCUGCCCCUUGCCGCAGUCGUCGAUGAGAAGGUGUUCUGCUGUCACGGUGGCAUUCCCCCGCCGUGGGUGUGUCCUCGUGUGUCAGCCAUCUUGCGGGUGCCGGUCCCGCUGCCGCGUCCCGCAGCACAGAGCCACAUGGCCUGGGAACUGCUCUGGAACGACCCCGUCAAGGCGAACAAGAUAACGGCGUCGAUGGCCAUGGAGCUGUCCGCGAACGAGGGGUUCGCGGUGAACGCGCGGCGCGGCACGGGACACGUGUUCGACCAGCGCGCGCUCGACCGUUUCCUCGCCGCCAACGACCUCACACACGUCGUGCGCGCGCACGAGCUGCAUCAGAACGGCUUCAUGUGCAACCUGCGCGGCAAGCUGAUCUCGGUGUUCUCGUCGUCGCGCUACUGCGGCGGCGACAACGACUCCGGCGUGGUGCUGCUGCAGGCCGGCAAGCUGCGUCUCAUUCGGCUCAGCGACUAGCCAUGUCGUUCCAA